AGGCCCCGACUGAGGCCAGUGCUAUUCAGCAGGCCCUCACUGAGGCCAGUGCUAUUCAGCAGGCCCCGCCUGAGGCCAGUGCUAUUCAGCAGGCCCCGACUGAGGCCAGUGCUAUUCAGCAGGCCCCGACUGAGGCCAGUGCUAUUCAGCAGGCCCCGACUGAGGCCAGUGCUAUUCAGCAGGCCCCAACUGAAGAGGCGAAUCCGAUCACUGCGAUGCGCCAAGAUGCUCUGAACAAGCUAGAGUUUGACGACUUCAAGGUGUAUGGUGCACUGAAGACCGAACUCAUCUCCGAAGAACAGCCGGUUCACACGCUGCGCGUGACGAUGAACCUUGCCAAGAUAGAAGCCGCCAACAAGGUGUAUGCCGAGUGGGUCAAAGCUGGCAAGCUCUACCCGCCUCCCGAGGUGAUGAGCGUCUACGACGUUCUUGGAGAGCUGCCCAACUACGACGCUGUCGCAGGCAGCGAGGCAGCACUUGAUCGUGCUGUCACUUUUAAAAUGUCAAUACAUCCUAAAUGUGUUGUGUUGUCUAAGGACGUUAAGAAUAAUGUGAAAUGUAAUCCUUAUGUUGCUAAAACUAAGCGCAAGGCCGAAGACGAAGCCGGCCCUUCACCAAAGAAGGUGCCGCCCUUCGUUAAGAAGGCCAAGAUUGCUGCGCAUGCCGAACCGGAGGUAGAGGAGUCCACUGAUACUCCAGUACCUCCGGAACGCCCAACAACGCCUGCGCCCCCAGCGCCCGUCGAGUCAGAGCUAACGCAGCUCCUCGAUGUGCUCAAAUCCCUUUCCCCAACCGCGCUUGCUGCUGUACGUGCUGCCGUAGCUCCUGAGCUACCCACAGCAGCUAGUACAGCCCCCGUUGCUGGCGGCACCUCUAUUGGGGAGCCCACCCUUGCGCCGCAGCAGAUCAGUCCUCCAGCGGCACAGCCCUCCGACCCCGACCUUAGACCCGACCCUAACCUGUCUGGUCGCUACAGGUUGGGUAAGGACAGUACUGUGCUACCAGAGGGAGUGACUACUCUGCACGAGAUUAUUGCCUCUACAUCGACGAAGCAGACUAACGAUGCACUAGAGUUAGCCUUCACGAUGUUAAAUGACGCGCGCGUAUUGAGUGUGGCCCCUGAUUACCAUGCUGUAGGCCCUCCCAACCCCCUCAUGCCUGAUACUAUUGUCUUCCGACAAACGGAACACUUCACGCAGUAUCAGGAUGAUAACAUUGUGAUGGGUGUUGAGGAGAGAGACUACGACACCGUGGUCGCGUGCACUGCCCACAACCAGCACGUGACCAUAAAUGUUGUCCAACCGGCCGAGAUGAUUGGCGAGGGUAUUACGGUACCAACUGACUGCUAUUUUAUGAUGCAGCCAGACGACAGGUGAU